GAUAAAGGUGGCUGCGAGGAAAGUGAGCGAGAAAAAGGGGGUGUAUGAGUAGAGGGAGUGAGACUGAAAGGGGGAAACAGAGACACACCGCGCGUUCACAGAGAUAGGUGAGUCCUGGGGCACCAUCAGAGACCAGGAGCCUCUGACACACUUUGUACGGACGAUGGACUUCUCUCCGGGGUUGCUGUUGGCGGAACUUCGGGGGUCAAGGCGGUAGCCUCUAUCUCUGCCCUCUUGCCUGUCUCAUGUUGCAUUGUUCUCUGAAGGGAGCGGAUAAACUUCACCGGCAGCUACGGAGCAGCGGCUGAGUCUCAGGCUCCCGCGGUGUGUUUAAGAAGACGUGGGGAAGAUGCGGAGCUGGUCAUCUGAAUUUCUUCCGCUUCCUGGCAUGCACAUUUAGCAUAAUGUCACGAUUUUCCAGCCCACGAAAACCAAGUGAGUCAAAACUGCAGCCGCAGCGGGACCUGCGAGCGGACGCAGCGGGCAGGAUGCGGACUCUGUGUCCGCUGUGAGCGCAGUAGUCUGCGUAAAGACGAGUGGACCUGGUCGAGGUGAAGCAACAAGACUUUCUGCUCUCCUUAAGGUUUUUUGGGCCCAAACAUCAAACCAGAGACAAGUUUUCUUAUAUUCGAACCAGCUGUGUGUGAUGACAAAGGAAAAGGAAGCAAGAGCAGGACAUCAAAUGUUAACCUUCCAGUGUGUACAUGACACCAUCAGUGUACUGUGCUGUGAAGAGAGCUGUAGCAGUGGGGAAAAGACAGGGUGAAAAUGUGAUGAAGUUUACUAAUGUCUCUUAGCUCAGUUUGGACAGUGGCAGGUGAAAGAAUAAUAUUGCCUAAAGAGAUAAUUUGCCUUGUGUUUGGAACCCCAGGACAACCAAUUACCAACGGAUUACUUAACACCCUCUGCAGUACCAGACAAAAGAUAAUGGCGGCUCUUCCAAUGGAAAACUGAACUCCUUAUAUUUUUUUUCUCUAAUUUGAUUUGUGUAUGAUUUUCAUUUGUUUGAAAUGGAGAUACACUGGCGUUUAUGGAAUAAGGAUUGGGCUUCCUUCAUGAGGCCAUGGAUACCUAUAAUAUUAGGCCUUCAUCUCCAGUUCUCCCGAGCCUCCAACUGUCCUGAGGAAUGCCGCUGUGAUCGCACCUUUGUUUACUGCAAUGAACGAAGCUUGACCUCAGUGCCUCUGGGAAUUGGUGAGGGCUAUAAGACUCUCUACCUCCACAACAACCAAAUCAAUAAUGCUGGCUUUCCCUUGGAGCUCCACCAUGUGGCAUCUGUGGAAACGGUGUAUCUCUAUGGUAACCAGCUGGAUGAGUUCCCAGUGAACCUGCCCAAAAAUGUAAGGGUCCUCCAUCUGCAGGAGAACAACAUUCAGACCAUCUCCAGAGCAGCUCUGGCUCAACUUCUUUGGCUGGAGGAGCUGCAUUUGGAUGAUAACUCAAUUUCUACCGUUGGGGUGGAGGAAGGGGCAUUCCGUGAGGCAGUGAGCUUGAAGAUGCUCUUCCUCACCAAAAACCACCUGAGCAGCAUACCUAUUGGUCUCCCAGAUGAUCUAAAGGAAUUGCGAUUGGAUGAAAACAGGAUUGCAGUUAUUGCAGAGGAAGCAUUUAGGAAUGUCACUCGAUUGGAACGCCUCCUUUUGGAUGGAAACUUGUUGACAGAUGAAGGGAUAUCUCCAGGGACCUUUCAGGACCUGAUAACCCUGAGGGAGCUGUCCCUGGCCCGCAACUCACUCACUUACCCUCCAACAUUCCUCCCUGGGGAGGUGCUUGUCAAAUUAAACUUUCAGGAAAAUCAGAUAAACCAGAUCCCUGUCAGAGCUUUUGCAGGGUUGCACAAGCUAGAGAGGCUAGACAUUUCUAACAACCAGCUGCAGUCAUUGACACAGGGGGUGUUUGAUGGCCUUUUGAGUCUCAGGCAGCUCACUGUUCGGAACAACCUUUGGCUGUGUGACUGCAGCAUCAAAUGGGUGGUGUCAUGGUUGAAAUCUCUGCCUUCCACGCUCAAUGUUCGUGGCUUUAUGUGUCAUAAACCUGAAAAGUUCAGGGGUAUGGUGAUCAGGGAGCUGAAUGCUGAGCUGGUACAGUGUCCACAGAGCACAGCCACGACACCUGGGCACAUCUCCCCAGCUGACACUGUUCUAAUCCCAUCUCUGUCCUCUUCUACAGACUCUCCUUUGGUCAGUCAGUAUGUUUCUCCCUCGCCACAACCAAUUCCCAUAUUCUCCACCCUGUACCCAGUAUAUACAACAAAAGAAGGGGGGAUUAGGACUAAGCAAUCUCUGGACCCCCAGAGGGAGACUCUCCAGGUCACAUUUGCUAUACUAAAUGGGUCGGCUAUCCAUGUGAGCUGGGUGGCUGUAUUUCCAGUCACUGCCUACAAGGUGACCUGGGCCAGGAUGGGCCCUAGCCUGACAGGGGAUACAGUCAGGGAAAGGAUAGUGGGUGGGGAUCAUCGGGGGAUUCGACUGGCUAACCUUGAGCCAAAGUCCACCUAUCGGAUCUGUGUUAUUCCUUUGGAUGCAUUCAAUAAUUACAGACCCAAAGAUGAUACUGUGUGUACUGAGGCUAUGACCACGACAGUCUCAUUCAGCUCUGAUAAUAACAACAAAAGACGUUCAGGGCCUGUACAAGCCACGCAACAAGAACCACAUUCGCCUUUCUUGCUAGCUGGGCUGAUUGGUGGGGUUGUUAUUGUGGUUCUGGUAGUAUUGCUCAGUAUCUUCUGCUGGCAUAUGCACAAGAAAAGUUGCUCUAAGUCCUCAACCAAAUGGAAAUACAACAGGGGCCGCAGAAAAGAUGACUAUUGCGAAGCUGGCACAAAGAAAGAUAAUUCCAUCCUGGAAAUGACUGAAACAAGCUUCCAGAUAGUCUCACUCAACAACGAGCAAUUCCUCAAGGGAGAUUUCCACAUUCAGCCUAUUUAUGCCCCUAAUGGGGGCAUUGGCUUCCAAGACUGCACCAUGGGGAACAACAGCACAGUCUACUGCAAGAACAGUGUUCAAAAUGCAGAGUUAUGUCACACAUAAUAGUUUUGGUGUAUCAGGAGCAUUUUUACUGACAACUACGCACACUUUAGUGAACACUGCACAGUGUUAAUGAUAUGAAACCCCAUGUGUCUUCAAGAAAUGUAAUUUAUACAACUGGAAGGACAAUGCCUUUUAUAUAACAACAUUGUAUUUAUAAGUUAUUUGUUUCUGAGGUUUUCCUGUUCGAGCACACAGACAUUUACUAAUGGGAUUUAUGUCUUUCUUAAUAUUAAGGCUGGGUUUCAUUUUAUUCUUCAGUAAACAGAUCUUUCAGUUAUUGUAUUACAUGGUACCAAAAUAUCCAAGGUUCACAUUGUAGCUGGAGUACAUCAUUGCUUUUACUGAAUAAGAGACAGGUCCAACUACUAGUUUUCUGGAAGCUUCUCUGGGCCCUUGACUGUUUUCAAUCAUCACAGUAUAUGGCACGUCUGUUUAAUUGCAUCUGCACCAUAUCGAAAUGCUAAUUGUUAGAUUCCUGCUCCAGGAAUAGAACAAUUUUAUGCAAAUGGCUUUCUCGCUUCAAAAACAAAUUUAAAGGUCACAUUCAUUAAACAUUCACAGAAAUAGGCAGGCUGCAGUGCUUUCACCUGCUUUUUGAAUGAAUGAAUACAUUAUCACAGUUAAGGGGUCAUGUAGCUGUAUUUGAUAGUGGGUGUCACAGAGUGAGCAGCAAAAAAGCACAUCUGCUAUGUUUAACCCAGUAAGAACCCACUCCUUGACUUCAGUGUGUGUGUGUGUGUGUGUGUGUGUGUGUGUGUGUGUGUGUGUGUGCCUUAAAUUUAUGAGCUCACAAUGUCUUUUAAGUCUAUGUUUUUGCACAUAUUGUAUCCUGUAUAUAAAUUCAGUUAACUUGUUGUUGAGAAAACAUCUUGCUCUUGAUAAUUUAUUUACCUCAUUACAAAUUUAAUUAAAACAUAUUUCCAAAUGAAAA